UUCACUGUAAGGUCUACACCUGUUGUAUUCGACACAUGUGACUAAUACAAUUGGAUUUGAUUACAUUGCUCUAAAAUAGGUUACAGGCUACAGUAGAACAGUCAAAACAGUUGGCGAAAUGAAGAGGGGUAAAUAUACCAAAUUAUUAGGGUGAGGCGCAUGGGCUAACAUCUUACUACACAACAUACACGUAGUAUUAUUUUCUUAGCUACAGUAUACAUAUCUCCCUGACAUAAUUACAUAAUUUAUGAAGCAGCAUACAAGUCAUUUUUGGAUUCGGCUCAUUUGAACAGGACAGUGGCAUGGGUUAAAGGUUUGGACCGCGGCACAAAUCGUGCUUCAGUGACAGCAUGGCCGAUGUUGAACGUUAUUUAUUUUAAAUUUGGAAAAGAGCCCCCUAAUCCCAGAUUUGGGACCACACAGCCACUGUCACUGAUUCCUGGAAUAUAUAUUCUUUCUCUUUUCUUCAAACAAUCAUCUUUAUUCAAUAUUGAUUCAUUAUUGCAAUAUAGAAACCGUCAUUAUUGUCCCUACCCUUUACAGACCAUGCUGUCCCUUAUAUAUCUGACACCAAGAUUGCUCAAUCAUAGCUGGUUCAGAUUUGAAUUUGUAAACAUUUUGAAAAACAACUCCACUUUGACAUUAUUGGGUAUUGUGUGUAGGCCAGUGACACAAAAUCUCAGUUGAAUGUAUUUUAAAAUCAGGCUGUAACACAACAAAAUGUUGAAAAAGUCAACGGGUGUGAAUACUUUCUGAAGGCACUGUAGAUGCACCACUAUGCUUAGAUUUGACCCUUUUAAACAUUUUACAUUAGUGUGGAUUGAAGAAAGUUAACGUUUUAAAAAAAUGUUUUGUUUAUCAUCAGAGAUUGAAUAAUUCUAAUGAAUGUUGGGUGCGCGUUUCUUCGCUUGCAUUUUUGAUUUUACAAGCGCGAGGGCGCGCCUGUGUUGCCAUAGGAAUGUAAAACAUUUCCUUGUCCUCUGGCCUUGACUGGUGAUUUGGCAUUCAUAUAUAGCCUAAAGUUUCGCUACUAUGGGAAGUAUUACAGAUGUUUACUCCUCUGUCUGCAAAGAACUAAAACUACAAACUAAUCGAUACAUUUUUGAAGUCCUGCAAGAGACGGAGGGGAAGACGGGAGACAUCACACUCAAACUGACUGGGAACGACAGGCUGAGAAAGGUAGAACAAGUGACCAACAAAGAUGCUCUCGCUCUGUCCAGAACCCUCCGAGACAACGACUCAGUGACAGGUCUGGAUUUGAGGUACAACUGCAUCACAGAUGAGGGGGCGGGACACCUCGCUGACCUCCUCAAGGAGAACGUGUGUCUGCGCUCUUUGGACCUGACGUGUAACGACAUUCAGACAGACGGAGCUGAAUACAUUGCAAAGAGUUUGACUUCUAAUGAUACCCUCCUGUCUCUGAGGCUGACUGGUAAUAAGAUAGGGAACGGAGGAGCCAUGCACUUCGCAAGCAUGCUGCAGGUCAACUCUACACUACAGGAGCUGGACGUGGCUGACUCUGACCUGGGGACUCAGAGUGUGAUAGCGUUUGCCAUCGUCUUGAACAACAACAAGAGCCUCCGAUCUGUCAACAUCAGCAGACCUCUACUCUUCAGCCACCAGGAGGAGACAGCGGUCCAUCUGUCAGGUAUGUUGGUAGUUAAUCAGUGUCUGAGGGAGCUGCACCUGGGAAAGAUGGGCAUGACUGACUAUGGAGUGGAGAGACUCACUGACGCCCUGAGAACCAACUACACCCUCAAAUACCUGGACUUACGCUGUAACCGUGUGACUCGUGACGGGGCGCGGUGUCUAGCAAAGGUCCUGAAGAACAAUGGAACCUUGGAGAUUCUGGACCUGGCGUCCAAUCGCAUCGAAGACGAUGGUGCCCUCUACCUCAGCCAGGCUAUUGCCUUGCCCACCUGCAACCUCAAAGCGUUGUCUAUCCCCAAUAAUAACAUAGCUACUGUUGGUCUGGUGUCUCUGUCUCGGGCCAUGCAGGCUAACAACACUCUCACACACAUCUACAUUUGGGGGAACAGACUGGAGGAGCCGGUCUGUCAGGCUUUCAGUGAUCUGCUGUCCAGUGGUCGUCUGUCGUCGGAGCAGACCGAUGUGUGUGUGUACGAGGUGGACGGGUGUGUGUGUCUGGCUGAGGUCUUCCAUGGGCUGAAGAGGCACUACUACUGGACACCCAGCUACGGACAGGAUGUAAAUCCUGCUAGCAAUGCAGCUGUGGCCCUCACAAAUCCACAACUCUAUCCUAACUCCUCACACACACCCUAAACCCUUAAUAAUACUACCCACCUGGCGCACAUUCAGUUAAACUUGAUGCAUACA